GGCGGUGGCGGCUGAGGCAGUAGCUGAGGCGGCGACAGAGGAAGCAGAAGAUGGCAGAUUUUUUGAAAGGACUGCCAGUCUACAACAAAAGCAAUUUUAGUCGAUUUCAUGCUGACUCUGUGUGUAAAGUCUCGAAUCGACGCCCCUCAGUCUACCUGCCCACACGCGAGUACCCAUCUGAACAGAUCAUCGUGACAGAAAAAACAAACACCCUUUUGCGCUACCUACAUCAGCAAUGGGACAAAAAGAACGCUGCCAAGAAGAGAGACCAGGAGCAAGUGGACCUCGAGGGCGAGAGCUCAGCGCCUCCCCGCAAGGUCGCACGGACCGACAGCCCAGACAUGCACGAGGACACUUAAGACUGAUGCUCCCCCAUAGGUGCCUCCUGUCUUGUCUGCUCCUCACCCGCCUGCCGUGUGUAAGCA